UUCAUAACAAUUCACAGAAUCUCUUUAAAUACAAUAUAUUGUAAUUCUUUCAGCUACAUAAGUUACAAAAAAAAUGUCACGAAUGAAUAAAUUGUUUUUCUGUAUUCCGCAAGAAAUUGGCCCUAUAAUUAUACCAUUAUUAUGGCUUAUCUCUGGAGUUAUAGUAAUCGUAAAAUUUACUUUGGAUUUUUGCUCAUCUGUUAAGGGAACAAAUAUGUUUGCAUAUAGCAGCGUAUAUACUAUCCUAAUAAUGGCAAUUUGUGGAUUAACGAUUAUUGGAGCAGCGAUUAUUUUAUAUAUUUUAGUUUGUUUAAAAACACCAUACAUGAUAUCAGUAUACUUUAAAAUAACGGUUGUUAUUGGGAUAAUCAUCAUUAUGGGUAAUAUAGCAGCACUUGUUGAAUUUAUAGUGCAUAAAACAACUAUUUUGGGGAGAUGUAAUAAUGAUUCAUGUGAUAACGCAUACGGCAACUAUUUGGCAAUAGCCAUCUUUUCUACCGUUAUUUCAAUUUUUUUAUCUGUGCAUUUUGCUGUGGUAAUUAACGAUUAUAAACAUAAACAAAACGGAACCGGCCCAUAUGCGCCUGUAUAAACGACAAGCAAAGGGGUUGUACUUUAUAAUCAAGUUGUUGCACUACAGGGGACCGUAUUUAGUAUUAUUUUGAAGUAUGUGUAUGAGAGUGAUCAACGAAACAUUCCCAGGCAUUGACUAAUGUUACAACUUUUUUUUUUUUUUGGAACUUCAUGCGCUUUUUAAAUA